AAAUUUUACGAAUCGAAGCACACAAAGUAGACGAAAAGUGAAAAACAUAUCACAAAACUUUAAAAUGCAGUCGCGUAUCUGUACCGUUGCCAUUCCUCAAUUUUCAAGGAAUUUGGUUCGUGCGUUUUCCAAGUCAGCAAAUAAAAUGGCUCCAAUAAAGGUUGGUGACAAACUCCCUUCAAUAGAUCUCUUUGAAGAUUCGCCGGCAAACAAAAUAAAUACCGGGGAUUUGACAUCAAAUAAGAAAGUGAUAAUCUUUGCAGUACCUGGUGCAUUUACGCCUGGCUGCUCCAAGACCCACUUACCAGGGUUUGUGUCGAAUGCUGAUUCGUUGAAAAGUGAUCAAGGCGUUAAUGAAAUCGUUUGCGUUUCUGUAAAUGAUCCAUUUGUUAUGUCCGCUUGGGGUAAAGAACACAAUACUGCCGGUAAAGUCCGUAUGUUGGCUGAUCCUUCCGGCUUAUUUGUUAAGGCUUUAGAACUAACAAUUGACCUACCACCGCUGGGUGGUCUACGUGCAAAACGUUUCUCAAUGGUUGUAGAAAAUGGCGAGGUGAAGGAAUUGAACGUUGAACCCGACGGCACUGGGCUAAGCUGUUCUUUGGCAAACAACAUUGGAAAACAUUAAAUAUUUUAAGUAUGUUCAGGUACAUAAGUAUGUAUGUAUGUAAAAUGACGUAUAGUUUAAGAUAUUACUGUUACAAAGGAAAAUAUUGUAGUUGCUUGAUCCGUAAAUAAAUAUACAUACAUACGAAUAUGUGUAAAUGGAAA